AUGCUGCUAGCACUGGCACGUCGUUAUAGCAACGAGCGCUAUAGCGAUGGUCAAUGGAUGGUCAACGCCGUUAUAGCGGCAGCCACUAAAACCCUCCCUAAACCCUACAACCACCACAGAACUCUCACCACUUGCGCCUCCAAAAACCCAUUAACCGACGUCGUUCAUUCGGGUCAACCCGACCCGGAUGGACAUUCAUUCGGGUCGUAUUUCGAUGCUGACGAUAAACCUCGGGAAGAGUGCGGCGUUGUGGGUAUAUAUGGCGACUCUGAAGCUUCUCGUCUUUGCUAUUUAGAACUUCAUGCUCUUCAACACCGUGGUCAAGAAGGCGCUGGAAUUGUAUGCGUUAAUGAUAACGUGCAUAAGUCGAUUACUGGUGUUGGGUUGGUUUCUGAUGUGUUUAGCGAGUCGAAACUUGAUCAAUUACCGGGUGAUUUGGCUAUUGGUCAUGUAAGGUAUUCUACUGCUGGUGCAUCUAUGUUGAAGAAUGUUCAACCUUUCGUUGCUAGUUAUAGAUUUGGGUCAGUUGGUGUUGCUCAUAAUGGGAAUUUAGUGAAUUAUAAACAACUUCGUGGUGAAUUGGAGGAGAAUGGGUCGAUAUUUAAUACGAGUUCUGAUACUGAAGUGGUUCUUCACCUUAUUGCUAUAUCGAAAGCAAGGCCUUUUCUUUUGAGGAUUGUUGAAGCUUGUGAAAAGAUUGAGGGUGCUUAUUCUAUGGUGUUUGGUACUGAGGAUAAGUUGGUUGCUGUUAGGGAUCCUUAUGGUUUUAGGCCAUUGGUUAUGGGUAGGAGAAGUAAUGGUGCUAUUGUUUUCGCCUCUGAGACAUGUGCUUUGGAUUUGAUUGAGGCUAAUUAUGAAAGGGAGGUACUUCCUGGUGAGGUUGUUGUGGUGGACAAAGGGGUUCAGUCUAUUUGUUUGAUGCCUCAUCCCGAACGUAAGUCUUGUAUCUUUGAGCAUAUUUACUUUGCAUUGCCUAAUUCAGUGGUGUUUGGAAGGUCUGUUUAUGAGUCUAGGCGUGCUUUCGGGGAAAUUCUAGCUACUGAAGCUCCCGUGGAAUGUGAUGUUGUGAUUGCUGUUCCUGAGCAUAUUUACUUUGCAUUGCCUAAUUCAGUGGUCCAUAUAAAUACAUAUUUUGAACAAAAUUUUAACUGUGCAUAUAGAAGUGGAGUUGAGAGUUCUGAGUGGUGUGGCAUUGCUGUCAUUUAA